AUGGGGUUGACAAAGUCGCAGAGGAUCAUUAUCCUCCUUAUCAUUGAUACUAUAUUCUUUUUUAUCGAACUAAGUGUUGGUUAUGCCGUCCAUUCGUUAGCUCUUGUUGCAGAUGCUUUUCAUAUGUUAAAUGAUGUUCUUUCGCUGCUGGUCGGACUAUGGGCCGUCAGGGUCGCCAAUGAAAAGUCCUCCAAGAUGUACACCUACGGGUGGCAACGGGCGGAAACACUGGGUGCCCUGAUCAACGGCGUGUUCCUCGUUGCGCUGUGUCUAUCCAUCUUCCUUGAAGCGAUCAACCGCUUCGUCGAGCCCCAGGAAGUCCAGCACCCCAAGCUCGUCUGCAUUGUCGGCGCCCUCGGCCUCUUUUCGAACAUCCUCGGCCUUCUCCUCUUCCAUGACCAUUCUCACGCCCACGGCGGCCACAGCCAUGCCGAAGAGCCCAUCCAGUCAGCCGAGCAGGGCUACACCGGAGUUAUCGCAGACCAGGGCGGCAGCGUCGCCAGCGUGAUGCCCGAGAACGUGCUUGGGACGUACUCCGAUAUCACAGUGCCCGAGUCUCCUUCUUCCAAACGUCACUCCAGGCAUCAUCCAUCCAUCAGCCGUCUUAGUCGGGAGAGUCGACGCUACAGCACUGCAUCCCGCGGAUUCAGAGAUGUCGAAGAUAUCAACGGCCACCCAGCCAGCCUGCGCCAGGAUGUGAUUGAAGCCAGCCGUUUUGAAGACGACUCGCCGGAUACGGAGGAAUCUGAAAGAGAAGGCACUCGACAGUCGGAAGAGUCCAGAUUACUCCCCAAUGGCAACGGAACUACACCAUAUGCUGCUACUGCGAACCCGCGCAAGCGCAAGACCAACGAUCUCCACGACGAACACAACCACGCCAAACCCAAGGACGAUGCCGCCAACGGACAUGGAGGAGGACACUCACACGGCCAUUCACACGACCUGAACAUGCGAGGCGUCUUCCUGCACGUCAUGGGUGACGCCCUCGGUAACAUCGGCGUCAUCGUCUCGGCCUUGAUUAUCUGGCUUACCAAAUACCCAUGGCGCUUCUACGCCGACCCCGCUAUCUCGCUCCUCAUCACCGUAAUCAUCCUCUGUUCCGCCAUCCCACUCUGCAAGGCUGCUUCCCGGAUUCUCCUCCAGGCAGUUCCUGCCGGCCUUAGCAUCGACCAUAUCAUCGAGGACGUCGAACAGCUGCCGGGCAUCAUCAGCUGUCACCAUCUGCAUGUAUGGCAGCUCAGCGAUACCAAACUAGUUGCCUCCCUCCACAUCCAGGUCAGCUUUGACAUUAAGGGAGAAGGAUCAGAUCGCUACAUGUCGCUCGCAAGACAGGUUAGGAAGUGCCUCCAUGCCUAUGGAAUUCAUUCGUCGACGAUCCAGCCUGAGUUCCACCCGGGAAGUGAUUUGGACGGAGCCUCAGUAAGACCCGGCAGCUCUCAGCUUACUACCGUCGCCAGCGAAUCUUGUCUCCUUGAAUGUGGCGAUGAUUGUGCUCCUGGUCUUUAUAUCUCCGAGUUCUCUCUAUCUCCGAUAAGGGGCUCAAACAUGGCAUUGUUUAAUGCCGACCAUUCCAGCCGCAAUCCCUUCGCUGAACCAAGCACGCUCGAGAAGAUAUACGAACGGAUACCUGGAGUUUUUAAAUGGGGGGCGGAUAGGAUUCGAGCUCGUAUCGCUUUCGUCGGAACUGCAUAUUCUCGCGCAACAAGGCGAAACGGUCGGCCUGGAGGGAUACGGGCUAUAUUGCGGCUGUUCCUUAAUGUGCGGACUGCUUUGGUCUUACUUUGGGGGUUCACGCUAUGGUGGGGAGAAAGGACGGCGUUUAGAGAGAGCUUAAGGGCGUGUGAUUGGAAUAAAUGGGAGCAUUGGCCAGCAAGCGCCACGCCUCACCAUGUUGCUUUCAUUGCAGAUCCGCAACUUAUCGAUGCACAUACCUAUCCUGGCCGGCCAUGGCCGCUGUCAUCGCUGACAGAGUUCUACACCGACCUAUAUCUCUACCGCACACAUUCGCUACUCCAGGAAUACCUGCAGCCGGAUAGUACAUUCUUUCUUGGGGACCUUUUCGAUGGAGGCAGGGAAUGGGGAACGGAGGGAUAUUCUAGUCCUGAUCCUAGAUUUAAGAAUUAUGGGAACGAUUACUGGAUGAAAGACUACAAGCGGUUUUCAAAGAUAUUCUUCGAUACAUGGAGCCUAGGCGGGAAGGGAACAUCGUCAAACCACGGAGGGAGAAAGAUGGUGGCUGGUUUGCCGGGAAAUCAUGACUUUGGAUUUGGGAACCUUGUGCAAAUGCCGGUUGUCAACAGAUUUCGAUCGAUGUUUGGCGAGUCAAACCGAGUGGAUAUUGUAGGGAACCACACCAUUGUGUCCAUUGAUUCCGUGUCGUUCAGCGCAAUGGACCAGGAACAUCCGGAGACUGGAGGCUCGAACACCGGGAAUCAAGAGAUGAAAGAGAUAUGGAGGGAAACCGAGGAAUUUCUCAACAACCUGAAGACAUUAAAGCAGAGCGCUUUGAAGCAGGAGCUAUCUGCUCUAACUGGAGAGAAGGCAGAUUCCGUUGCUCCAAAGUCCGAAACACAGCUCCCAACAAUUCUUCUUACCCAUGUGCCAUUAUACAGGGAGCCUCAUACGCCCUGUGGACCUCUCCGAGAGCAUUGGCCUCCAUCGUCGACCGAUCCUCUGCCAGAGAAGGAUGAGAGGAACGCCAUUCAGAUCAGUAAGGGGUAUCAAUAUCAGAAUGUCCUAACAACAGUGAUAUCCAAUGAGAUAAUGGCCAAGGCAGGGCCGGUGAUGCAAAUAUAUUCCGGGGACGACCACGACUAUUGUGAAAUCACCCAUCGUGAAUUCAGCGGCGCUCCAAAGGAGAUCACGGUGAAGAGUAUGUCUCUGGCGAUGAGCGUCAGACGCCCAGCAGUCCAGCUUGCAGCGCUUUGGAAUCCGAUUGAUCCAAAAACAGGCAUUGCACUUGAUCCGUCUGGCUCUUCGCAGACGCUGCAAAACCAGAUGUGUUUGCUCCCCGAUCAAAUCGCAAUUUUCAUUCGAUAUGGCUACAUCCUCGUCCUAACAGUAGUGAUACUCCUCGUUCGCGCUCUUUCGCUUGCAUUCCACCAGAAAGCGGGGGGCUCUCCUGCGACUGACUCCAUAUUGCCCUUGGUCCAUCAGCGGUCCGCCGAUGAUUACUAUCCACAUUCGACCGAGUUCCCCGCUGCAUCAACCUCAACGACGUCAUCCAAUUCCAUCGGCGGAUCCUAUUCUGUGACCCGAAGCAGGGCUGCGAGUACGACUCUGCCCUACGAGCCCCGUGGCUUCAAACCGGUCCAGACCGUUGGAGGCACUGGGGAGGGAGACGGUGCGGUUGCAGGUUCCGCUGCAUCAACGACUGUGUCUAGCGAUAACACGAGAUCACGACGGCCCGGGUGGGGAUUCCUGGAUGAUAGUUACCAUGGGAUGGCCGAUAUCUCCCUGGAGAGGGGUCUCUCUAACCGGGCAACUCGACGCCCCAUCCAGGUAUUUCGAGAUGAGCUCGUGUCAUCUACAAGGUGGGUGGGUGGGAUAUCCCUUGUGUGGUACCUGUGGCUACUAUGGACAUGGUAA